GCGGGGCCGAUUUAAGCUUGCGGGACCGCUGAGAGUGUGACGUCAGGGCGGGAGUGGGCGGUGGCUCCUCCUCCGCCCGGAACCCUGAAGCCGCGGGGCGGGGCGAGUGCGAUGAACAGCGGAGGGCGCCGACGUCAGGGCCACGGCGAGGGGAGCUCCUCCUACUGUUUCAGCCCGGAGCUCUUGUUUCCCUGCAGGCCGGGGGUGUCUGUGUCAGGCCUGGGUCCUCCCAUCUCAUGUACUGUGCGUGGGUGUGAAGCCCAUUCCGUGCUGCCUGCAGGGGGCACCACCUUGCCUCACCGGCUCAUCGAUAACCGUCUCGUCUCUCCACCUCACGCUCCGGCGCUGCCCAGCAUGGCCAUCUCAUCACGCCUCGCCCUGUGGGAGCAGAAGAUCCGGGAGGAGGACAAGAGCCCGCCGCCGUCCUCGCCCCCUCCCCUGUUCUCUGUCAUCCCAGGGGGCUUCAUUCGGCAGCUGGUCCGGGAGACUGAGAAAGAAUCCAAGCAAGCGAGACAGAGGAAAGAGGCAGCUCUUGCCUCCCCAGAACAAGAGACCCCAGAAGUUUCUGUCAGCCAACCCAACAGCAAGGCCAAUGGUGGCGAUACAUCUGGAAGCCAACAGACUUCUGGGGAGAGCCAGCGUACCUCUCUGCAGGGCACAAGCAUUCCGGGUAAGGAGAGCCAGCAGUCUGGUGGUGCCGACCCUGCACUGAUGACCAGCGUCAACUGUGAGAGGCCCCGGGAGCCAGGCCCCAGUGGGACGCCAGCCAGAAAAGCCCUGCCCUUCAAGAGGGGAGUGAGGAGGGGUGACGUGCUGCUAAUGGUGGCCAAGCUGGACCCCGAAGCUACCAAGCCGGAGCAGAGAAACCAAGCCCGUGAUACCCCCACUUGCAAGACCUUGCCUGCAGCCACAGACCCCGGAGGGGCAAAGAAAGGGGAGGCCCCAGGAACUUCUUCCGGCCCUCAGGCCAGUACUGAGGAUUUGGCCUCAAAGCCUGAGAAAACUCCGACCAGGGGUCAUGGGGACCCAGGCCAAGGGACAAAAGGCGAGAAGGGUCAAGGCACAGUGGGGAAAGGGAGUGGGGACCCCCAGACCAAGGGGCCAAAAGGAGGUGAGCCCAAGGGCAAAGAGGAACAGAGGACCGGGCCUCAAAGCCAAGGGGCAGGUGAUGGGGGGCAACUGGGGACAGUGGAAAAGGAAGGAGGGGAUCCCCCAAGCAAGAUGGGAAAGAGAAAUGAAUCCAAGGCUGUGGGAGCUGAAGGGAAGCGCGCUGGGGCCCACGUGCAAGGGAGAAAGUGGGGAGGGUCCCUGAGCAGAAGGAGCAAGUGGGACGGUCCCCAGAGCAAGACGGACAGAGAAAGUGAGCCCCUGAGUAUGGCUGAGAAGACAGGUAAGCCCCAGGCCAAGAUGGAGGAGAGGGGCACAGUGCAGGGGAAGGCAGGGCAGGCUGGGGAGGUUCCCCAGGUGCUGGAGGAAGCAGCUGGGCCUGGGAAGGCAAGGGAGGCUCCAAGGUCAGAAGAGGUGGGGCAGCCUCAGAGGAAGGCUGUGGGGACCGGUGGUGCUGGGAGCCAGGCCGAGAAGGGCUGCACCAUACCAAAGGAAGUAGCUACAGAGAGGGUGGAACCUGUGGCCGUCGAGCCAGAGGGCCGACCAGAGAGCAGUGCACAGAGAACCGAGGAGCCCUGCAUCAGAGCGGAGGAUGCCGCCAGGGGCCCGGAGCCACAGCAGGAGGGGCACGCAGAGGCUUCAGUGGAGACUUGGGCGGAAAGGCCCCCGGGACAGACGCAGACCCAGGAGGGGCCUGCCCAGCAGGACCAGGGCGGAGGCGGCCACAGUGGAGACUUGGACCAGGCUCAUGAGGACAGAUGGUAUGAGGCAGAGAAGGUCUGGCUGGUUCAGAAGGACGGAUUUACUCUUGCAACGGUGCUAAAGCCAGAUGAGGGAACAGCUGACCUGCCAGCAGGAAGGAUGAGACUUUGCAUUGAUGCCGACAAAACGGUCACUGAGGUUGAGGAGGAGUAUGUUCACAGGGCCAACCCCCCGGAGCUGGACCGGGCAGAUGACCUGGCCUCUCUCAUCAGCGUCAACGAAUCCAGCGUCCUGAACACGCUCUUGCAGCGUGCUGAGGCUCAGCUGCUGCAUACCUGCGCGGGUCGGGAUCUCAUAGUCCUUCAGCCCCAGGGACCCACGGCACCCUCUGCCGGGAAGGUACCCAGCGGCCGCCGGGAUGGCCUGCCUGCCCACAUCAGCUCCCUUGCCCAGCGGGCCUACUGGGCAAUGCUGAGCCAGCGCAGAGACCAGAGCAUCAUAGCACUGGGCAGGAGCGGUGCUGGGAAGACCACCUGCUGCGAGCAGGUCCUGGAGCACCUGGUGGGAAUGGCAGGCAGUGUGGAUGGCAUGGUGUCAGUGGAGAAGAUCUGGGCCACCUUCACCAUCCUCCGGGCCUUUGGCUCCGUGUGCAUGGGCCACAGCUGCAGGGCCACCCGUCUGACCAUGGUGAUGUCGCUGGACUUCAACGCCACUGGCCGAGUGACGGCUGCACAGCUCCAGACUAUGCUCCUGGAGAAGAGCAGAGUGGUGCGGCCGCUCAAAGGGGAAGGCACCUUUCCCAUCUUCUCCCAGAUGCUGGCUGGUUUAGACCUGGAUCUCAGGACAGAGCUGUACCUGUACCAGAUGGCGGACAGCAGCUCCUUCGGCAUGGGUGUGUGGUCCAAGCCCGAAGACAAGCAGAAGGAUGCAGCAGCCUUUGCCCAGCUCCAGGGUGCCAUGGAGACACUGGGCAUCACAGAGGGUGAGCAGCGGGCCAUUUGGCGGGUGCUGGCGGCCAUAUACCACCUCGGUGCUGCGGGUGCCUGCAAAGUGGGCCGGAAGCAGUUCAUGCGGUUUGAGUGGGCAAACCGAGCAGCUGAGGUCCUGGGCUGUGAGUAUGAGGAGCUGAAUACAGCUACUUUCAAGCACCACCUACGACAGAUCAUCGAGCAAGUGACAUCCGGGCCAAGCCGACGGGGCCUCAAGGAUGAGGAGCCCAGCCCAGGUUUCAAGAUGACAGGCACGGACUGCGUGGAGGGCAUGGCCUCAGGCCUGUACCAGGAGCUCUUUGCAGCUGUGGUCUCACUCAUCAAUAGAUCCUUCUCCUCCCAGCAUCUCUCCACGGCCUCCAUCCUGGUUGUAGACUCUCCAGGCUUUCAGAACCCCCGGCACCAGGGCAAGGACCGGGCGGCCACCUUCGAGGAGCUGUGCCGUAAUUACGUCCAUGAGCGCCUCCAGCUGCUUUUCUAUCAGCGCACGUUCGUCUCUGUGCUGGAUCGAUACCAAGAGGAAGGUAUUCCUGUGCACUGGGACCUCCCAGAGUCCUCCCCGGGGACUACAGUGGCUGUUGUGGAUCAGAAUCCCUCCCAGGUCCACUUACCCACUGGAGGAGAUACUGAGGACGCCAGGGGCCUUUUCUGGGUCUUGGAUGAGGAGGUCCGGGUGGAGGGCUCCCAUGACAGCACGGUGCUCGAGCGUCUGCGUGCAGCCUUUGAGAAGAACGGAGCUGGGGCCAAAGGGACCUCUGCCCUGCGGACCUGUGAGCAGCCCCUCCAGUGUGAGAUUUUCCACCAGCUUGGACAGGACCCCGUGCGCUAUGACCUCACGGGCUGGCUGCACAGAGCCAAGCCCAAUCUUUCAGCCCUGGGUGCCCCCCAGAUCCUGCAGCAGUCAAAGAGGGAGGAGCUGCGAAGUCUCUUCCAGGGCUGUGCCAGGCUGCUACCCGUGUGCCAGGCUGUGGCAGGUCUGGAGGGCACCUCCCAGCAGGCCCUGCACAGGAACCGUGUGGUGAGGAAGGCGUUCGCCAGCAGCCUUGCCUCGGCCAGGAGAAGAACUCCGUGCUCCCAGGUCAAGCUGCAGAUGGAUGCACUGAUCAGCUUGGUGAGACGGUCUCAAAUGCACUUUAUCCACUGUCUGGUGCCAACCCCAGCACUGGACGACAAGGGUGGGCAGUGGUCUUCACCACCACCAUUGCCUGGAGACCGGCCUGAGGCGAGCAAGCCCCUGGCCCCAGACAUCCCAGCACUGAGGGUCCAGCUUGCGGGCUCUCACAUCCUGGAGGCACUGCGUCUGCAGAGGAUGGGCUACGCUGACCACAUGGGGCUCACUCAGUUCCGUCGGCGUUUCCAGGUGCUGGACCCUACGCUGAUGAAGAAACUCACGUCAGCCCCUGAGGGAGUCGAUGAGAGGAAGGCUGUGGAGCAUCUUCUUCAGACCCUGGACCUGGAAAAGAAGGCGGUGGCCGUGGGGCACAGCCAGGUCUUCCUCAAGGCAGCUGUGGUCUCCAGGCUGGAGAAGCAGCGAGAGAAGCUGGUGUCUCGGAACAUUGUUGUCUUCCAGGCAGUGUGCAGGGGCUUUCUGUCUCGCCAGGAAUUCAGGAAGCUGAAGAUUCGCCGGCUGGCUGCACAGUGCAUCCAGAAGAAUGUAGCUGUGUUCCUGGUGGUCAAGGACUGGCCGUGGUGGCAGCUCCUUGGUUCCCUCCGGCCCCUGCUGAGUGCCACCAUCGGGAAUGAGCAGCUCCGAGCCAAGGAGGAGGAGCUCACAGUGCUGAGGCAGAAGCUGGAAAAAUCUGAAAAGUCAAGGAAUGAACUCCGGCAGAGUGCAGAUCUGCUAGAGAGCAAGGUUGCUGACCUGACCACAGAGCUGGCUGAUGAGCGCUUCAAAGGUGAUGCGGCCUGCCAGGUGCUGGAGGAUGAGCGUGCGGAGCGGCGGCAGGCCUCCCGGGAGGUCCGGGAGCUCAGAGACAAGUAUGAGCAAGUCCAGAAGAAUUUGGGAGAAGUGGAGAGACAGUUGGUAGAAGCCCAGCAGAAAAUCCAGCUGAACGAUUUGGAAAGGAAGCACACUGGGGGAGCAGAUGAGUGGCAGAUGCGUCUCGACUGUGCUCAGAUGGAGAAUGAGUUCCUCCGCAAGCGUCUACAGCAGUGUGAGGAGAGGCUGGACUUGGAGCUGAAGUCCCGGCAGGAGCUGGAGCAGAAGCUCGGAGAGUUGCAGAGCGCCUAUGAGGAGGCCAAGAAGACAGCACACCAGCUAAAACGGAAGUGCCACCGUCUCACCUGGGACCUGGAGGACACGCGUGUCCUGCUUGAGAGCCAACAGAGCCGGAACCACGAGCUGGAGAAGAAGCAGAGGAAGUUUGACCUGCAGCUGGCCCAGGCCCUGGGGGAGUCCGUGUUUGAGAGGAGCCUCAGGGAGAAAGCGAGCCAGGAGAGCAGCAGUGUGCGGUGGGAGCUGGGCCGGCUGCAGGAGCAGCUGGAGCAAAAGGAUCAAGAGACCUUGAGGCUGAAACAGGAGGUGGAAACGCUGCAGGAGCAUAAACGGGAGCUGCUGGCAUCUCCCUCUCUAGGGGAAAGUGGUGUGGCUGGCCUGAAGGAGAGGCUGUGGAAGCUGGAAUCCAGUGCCCGAGAGCACGAGAAGGUCCAGAACCAGCAGGAAAAUACCAUCAAGCAGCUGGAGCAGCUUCGACAGCGGUUUGAACUGGAGAUCGAACGGAUGAAACAGAUGCACCAGAAGGACCGUGAGGACCAAGAGGAGGAGCUGGAAGAUGUCCGGCAGUCCUGCCAGAAGCGGCUCCGGCAGCUGGAAAUGCAGCUGGAGCAGGAGUAUGAGGCCAGGCAGAUGGUGCUGCAUGAGAAGCGAGACUUGGAAGGGUUGAUCGGAACCCUGUGCGACCAGAUUGGCCAUCGGGACUUUGACGUGGAGAAGCGACUGCGAAGGGACCUCCGGAGGACGCACGCACUGCUCUCAGAUGUCCAGCUCCUUCUGGCCACCAUGGAGGAUGGCAAGACGUCAGUCAGCAAAGAGGAGCUGGAGAAGGUGCAUGGCCAGCUGGAGCAGAGCAAGGCCAAGUGUGAAGAUGCCCUGAAGACCCAGAAAGCCCUGACCCUGGACCUGGAGAGCAUGCACAGUGAGCUGGAGAACAUGACCCGGAGCAAGAGCCUGGUGGAUGAGCAGCUGUACCGACUGCAGUUUGAGCGGGCAGACCUCUUGAAGCGCAUCGAUGAGGACCAGGAUGACCUGGAUGACCUCAUGCAGAAGCACAAGGACCUCAUCGCCCAGUCCGCAGCUGACAUUGGGCAGAUCCAAGAACUGCAGCUGCGGCUGGAGGAAGCAAAGAAGGAAAAGCACAAGCUUCAAGAACAGCUGCAGGUGGCUCAGAUGCGCAUCGAGUACCUGGAGCAGUCUACUGUGGACCGGGCUAUCGUGAGCAGGCAGGAGGCGGUCAUCUGUGACCUGGAGAACAAGACGGAGUUCCAGAAAGUGCAGAUGAAGAGGCUGGAGGUCCUGGUGAUCCGGCUUCGGGACAGCCUGAUUAAGGUGGGCGAGGAGCUGUCCCAGGCAGCGGCAUCUGAGGCCCAGCAGCGAGAGAGCAGCCAGUAUUACCAGCAGCGCCUGGAGGAGCUGAAGGCAGACAUGGAGGAGCUGAUGCAGCGCGAGGCAGAGGCCAGCCGGCGGUGCGUGGAGCUGGAGAAGUAUGUAGAAGAGCUCGGUGUGGUGAGGCAGACGCUGCAGACAGACCUGGAGACAUCCAUCCGGCGCAUUGCUGACCUGCAGGCUGCCUUGGAGGAGGUGGUGUCCAGCGACAGUGAUCCAGAGAGUGUCCAGACAUCGGUGGAUUGUGGCAGCGGAGGCAGGAAAGAGACGGAUGAUGUCUCCGUCCUCGGCUCCCGGCCCGAGGGCAGUCUGCAGUCUUGGUUGAGCUGUACUUUGUCGGUGGCUACAGACACCGUGCGGACGCCCUCUCGACAGUCAGCUGCCGGCAGCUGCAUCCGCAGCUCCAGGAUGACUGCAGAGGCCGGAGAUGCUGAGAGCCGAGCUCGGGAUGCUCCGGGCAAGACUUCAAGAGACUACUCUGUUUCUCCGCGCUCUGCCCACCAGCAAAAAUCCUGUCAUUUGGGGGGCGGUGAAGGGUUCGGUGUCCAUAGAAAGCCCAUGGAGAGAUCGGGAGCUCUGUCCACUCCUGUGGCCUCUAGGAGUCCAGACGCAUCCCCGCUGCCCAGGGAGAAGCUGCCCAGCCCAUCAGCGGCGCUCUCGGAGUUCGUGGAAGGACUGCGGAGGAAGAGGGCCCAGAGAGGCCAGGGCUGUACACUGAGUCUGGAGGACUGGCCCACGCUCCCCAUUUACCAGACCACCGGCGCGUCCAUGCUCAGGAGGAGUAGGGCUGGCAGUGAUGAGGGAGACCUCGCCCUGAGGCUACAGGCAAAGUCCCCCCUGGGGGUGGAGGAGGCCCCUGGCACAUCUGCUGGUCUCUUGCGGUCCACCAGCCUCAAGUGCAUCUCCUCGGGGGAUGUUGAGGGCAGGAGCCCGGCCCCAGAGAGGCUGAAGACCCGCUUCAGUUCCUGUGAGUCCCUCUUAGAAUCAGAGCCCAGCGUGAGGACAAAAACAAGCUCCCCGACCACCCCCAGGGACACGCUCUUGUCACCCACGCUGCGUCCUCGGAGGCGCUGUCUGGAGUCUUCAGUGGACGAUGUGGGGUGCCCAGACCUUGGCAAGGAGCCACUUGUCUUCCAGAACCGCCAGUUUGCCCACCUGAUGGAGGAGCCUCUAGGCAGUGACCCGUGCAGCUGGACGCUUCCAAGCCUCAGCUAUGGACGCAAGGCCAGAGUGGACUUCGAUGACUUCCUCCCUGCCAUCCGGAAGCCUGAGACGCUCCCAUCCUUGGCAGGGGCAGCCAAAGAUGGGCAGGAGGGUUCAAAACAUUUAGGUGCCCACUUUGAGAUGGAAGAGGCUGACCGGUCCUUUCUCUCAGGGAUCAAGACCAUUUUGAAAAAGAGCAAAGAGUCCAAGGAGGACCCCGCCCUCCUCUCUGACUCGUCCUCAUCUUCCAGCUCUGUCGUGUCCUUCAAAAGUGCACACAGCAUCAAGAGCCAGCCGAGAGCCGGGCGCCUGGAAGGUGACAGUGGUGAGCGAAUGUCCCCUGACAGCAGAGAGCUGGGCACAGGAAGGACAGAGGAAGACGUGGAGAGCAUCAUGAAGAAAUACCUCCCCAAGUAGGGAGGAGCGCAGGCUCCUGAAAUGCGGCUGCCCUUGGAGACUUCCACACUCCACAGCUGUUUGCAGAGCGACUGGCUGAGCCUCCCCAGGGCCCUCGGUGCGGAGCAUCACAGCCACCCACAAGAGGCCAGAUGGACCAGGAGAGCCAUAUCCUGCCGGGGGUACGGGGCUCCCUGUGUGCUUGGUCUGUGCAAAAUAAAGUUGGUUUC